CGCCUUUUAAUGAACAAGCCUUGUCGAUGCAAUGAAGUCCUCGGAGCGGCAGCGUUUUGGAAUCAAUCUGUUCUAGGACCACUGGCCCAUCCAACCACACACGAAGAUUCGGUUCGGGCUACUGCAUGCGAAUUGCUGACAGAUCGCGAGACACCAAAACCGCUCUAAGGUAUGGCUAGGUUCAUGUGAAAAUAGCGUCAUUGUCUAUGUUUGACACACAAAAACAUCAUCGAAAGGAGACUGCAGCUUACAAAGAUGCAUACAUGAAUAGUGCUCCUAAAAGUAAAAAGUGUUGUUUGGCGAGCAUGAUAUAAACCUGGACAGCCUCCAUUGAAUAGAAGAAUUUGCUUCAUUCAUCACAAUCUCAACUUGAGAUCACAAUCUCCAAACACGAAGGGAACUGUGCUCUCUUAAUUGAAUUGAAUUUUCUCAAACAAUUUCAGAAUCUUCGGAGCCGAUAAGAUCACCACAAUAACAGCGACAAUGGCAGCGUAUACCACAAACUUCGUCGAGGCGAGCGGCUUGAAUGUUUUCUACCGAGAAGCAGGACCCAAGGACGCACCUGUUAUCCUCUUACUUCACGGCUUCCCAAGCUCAUCCCAUCAAUACCGCAAUCUCAUUCCACUUCUGAGCCAGAAAUAUCAUGUCAUUGCACCUGACCUUCCAGGCUUUGGCUUUACAGAAGUCCCCGCUGAGCUGAAAUACAAAUACACCUUCGACAACCUUGCCAAAAGCAUUGGAGCAUUCCUCGAUGCUCUUUCUAUCAAGAAGUACUCGGUCUACGUUUUCGACUAUGGGGCGCCAACUGGCUUCCGUCUGGCCCUUUCACGACCAGAAUCCAUCCAAGCCAUCAUUUCACAAAACGGAAACGCCUACGAAGAAGGACUAGGAGACGCCUGGGCACCAUUGAAAGCAUACUGGAAAAGCGGCUCUAACUCAGACCGCGAAUUCGUCCGUGCCAACGUCCUCAGUCUCGACGCUGUGAAAUGGCAAUACGACACUGGAAGCAAAGUCCCCAUAGCUCCCGAAGCACCGUAUCUCGAUUUCGCGCUCAUGCAACGGCCUGGAAACGAAGACAUCCAGCUUGACCUGUUCUAUGAUUAUCAGAAUAACGUCACGAAGUAUCCUGAGUUCCAUGAGUAUUUCAGGAAGAGUCAGGUUCCGACUUUGGUUGCUUGGGGAAAACAUGAUCCUUUUUUUAUUCCGCCUGGAGCGGAGGCUUUCAAAAGGGAUAUCAAAGAGACGGAGGUGCAUCUUCUGGAUGCGGGGCAUUUUGCGGUGGAGAGUAAUGCAGAGGAUAUUGCGGGGUUGGUUUUGAAGUUUUUGGAGAAGACUGGUAUCUGAGCACGAUUCAAGUGGGUAUGACUCUCCUCAUUACUCUUAAAUCCAAUCGACGGUGCAUAGCAUAAUGCUGAAGUGUAGUAAGUUCUUAGUGGAUGUAGAUGUAGCAUGUUAUGAGAAUGGACUUAUGCUUCAAUAUAUCAAAGUUUUCCCUGCUUGACAGGAAACUCCAGCUUCCGAUGAAGUUUCUGUACUGUUCAACACUAACAUUCUCUUACACGACUUUGCAUGCUCGAAUGGACCGGUUGGAUCUCUUAUUGCCUUCUCUGCAGUGGCCCGCUCUCGUGUCACUUUCCGCACU